AUGGAAGAUGAGCCGUCUUCCGGGGUGUCUCCUACGUUCCAGGCCGGCUCGGGCUCGCGGAGGAAGCGCCUCCGGGCUGCGCUUGCCUUCGAGGACCCUUCGCCCGCCUCGUCGUCCUUUCUCCAGGAGCGGAAAGAGCGGCGGCGGCGCGAGCGGGGCCCUCCUCCGGCCCAAGGGGAUCUCGCCGACCCCGUGAGCCGCCCGCCGCACUCGCCCGGCCCGGCGGGCCAGUCUGGAGCCCAACUGGGGACAGCGCCGACCGCGCCGGGAUCCACGCAGGCGCGGAGCGGGCACUGUGGCGCAGGCGUCUCUCCGGAGUCUCCUUUGACGACGGGCCGACGGCGGGGCGGCCUGCAGGCGGCUCCGGUGAGCUCUCGAUUGCGCUCGGGGCGGCCGUGUGCAGCGGAGCUCGAGGCGGAGAGGGGCAGCGGUGAAGAGAAAAGUUUUGUUUCCGCGCGGAAGCGGAAAUUGCUUUCUGCCGAACUUGCACACGAACUCGACGGGCCGUCUGUCACGCGGAUGACCCCUGCAAGGCGACGAGCGCCGUCGGGCCCGCAGGCGAAACGGAGGAAGCGCGGCGUUGCAAAGGCGCCCGCGACAACUCGAAGAGGAGGACGAGCUUGGAGAAGCAGCGGAGUAGGGGGUGAUGGGGAGGGCGAAGACCCCCAGGAGGAGGUAAAGGGAAAGAGCGCGUCGUGGAAACGCGCUGGCAGCGACGAGGUGCUGCAGCCAGCAGAGGAGGGCAGUCCCGCGCAGGGGCACGAGGACGGUGCUGGAGGGGGGGCCGUUUCUUCCUCGGAGUUGCUCUGUCUGCUUUCACUGCGGAGUCGCAGCAGUCGGCGGAAAGAAGGCGAACCGGGGUCUUGUUCCUCCUCUUCCUCCAUGUGUUCGCCGCCUCGCACUCACAGGGGCAGAAGACGCGCCGGCGCCGGCGUCUCUCAACUGGACAGAGAGCGAGUUUCAGAGAGCGAAGGAAGCAGCGCGCGUGCGAGGUCAGGGCGCAGAAGGCGCGAAGAGGAGCAGAAAGAGGGCGACGAGGCGGGCGCGGGGGACGACGGCGCUCCUCCGUCACCUGCUGAAGAUGCCAACGACGUGCAGAGCGAGAAAAGCGAGAAAACAAGAAGCACUUCGAGACGAAGAACGCGGGUGAAGAAGGCGCCGACCAAUGCAGCGCCGAGGGAACACGAAGAAGAGGGAGACGGGCCGGACGCGACAGAAGAUGCCGAGGGAGACACCAAGACCCCCGCCGGAGACCAAGAGGUGGAUCGCCAGGCAAUGUCCGAGAGAGAAUACCUCGAUCCCUCCCUCGAAGGUGACUCUGGAGACGUGAAGCAUGAGGGCGUUAACGUCAAAGACACGUCGCGCGGGGAUGCGGGUCUGCUGCGUUCGCAAUCGUCGGGCGCCGCCAGAUCGCCUUCCUUUGCGCCUCCGCCAAUGUCUUCUUCGUCUGCCUCUGCGGGUCGCUCGGCGUCUCCCCCAGACACGGAUCCGUCCCUCGCCGAGCCCUUCUGCUCGCCCUGCUGCUCGCCUUCGCUUCUGUACAUCUCGCCGGUGCGGGCCCACGCGCCGACUCCGGGGCCCCCGUCCCUCGUGCCCUCUCCGCGGCAAGCGCGGCUCCUCCGCGCGGGUGGGGGGCCGGCGGAGCCCAGAGACGAGUGCCAGCGGCGCAGCAGCGGAGGCCUGGCGUCGCAGGGCACGCUGAGCGCCUUCGGCCGCGGGGGAGAGGGCGGAGCUUUGGGCGCGGCCCGCGGCGCGCUCAGCGGGGACCUGGGGGGUCGAAGGGGUGAGCAGGAGAGUGCGCGCUAUCAGACGCCGAAGCCGUAUGCAAAGAGCCAGGAGGAAGAUUUUGAGGGGCUGAUUGCGCGCGAGGCUUCAGAGGAGGCCAAGGCGUUUCUUAGCCAGAAGAAGACGCGCCGGCGGAAUUUGCCGGCCGUCGCGGCCUGCAGGGGUGCGCCAAGCAGGAGUUUCCCCUCUGCGGUAGCGACGGCUCUGUCGGGCCAGCCCCUGCCUCCGCCCCUGUCUCCGUUCGACGGCCCGCUGGGCGCGGGCGCGGAGGGCAUCGAGCGCCGGGGAAGGAGACAGCGGAUGACUGCGCGGCCGAUGGCGGGGAGGGACGCAGCAGGACUGGGGACGGCAGAGGCGGCAGACGCGAGGUUUCCGUGUGCGCAGGGGCACAGCGAAGAGGAUGGCGACUUUGACGAUCUGGGGUCGCCCUGUCUGCCCUACUCGCGCGAGGAAGAAGAAGCGAAGGCGCUCUUUCCCCACCCGAGGCGUCAAGCGAUGAAGAUUUUGUGUUCGUCUGCGCGAAGCAGCAUCAGCCGGCUCAGCGUCAGCAGUCGGCGAGGGUUUUCGCCUUGCGCGGCGGUGGGGGUCGGUCCCCCCGACCUGUGGAAUGCGUCUCCGUGUGCUGGCGACAGCUACCACUUAGAGGCGUCUGGACGUAUCUCGGCCUUCUCCUCGUUUCCGUCGUCGCCGAGCUCUGCGCACGUCUACUGGAGCAGCGCGAGCCCCACGCUCCUCGGCGCGGGCGCGCCGGGAUCGUACUUUGGCGCCUCCUCGUCUCUGGAUCUGAGCACCAGCAGCCAGAUGUCGACCUCGUCGGCCUCGUCCUCCGUCAUCUUUGCUCGUCCGGUCCUCGUGAAGCCCGGCGAUGGAGACUACUCGCCCGCGGGCGACGCGGAUGAAGGCAGCGUGCAGUCUCGCGGUCGCUCCAGGCGGGGCUCAAGAAAAAAACACGCCCCCGUGAAAGCCUCGUGCGCCUCGCCCAGUGCGCGAACCAGCAAAGGCGGGUGUGUCUUUCGGCUGCCCUCUCCGCUCUCGCGCGGAGGGAGGGGCGCCGGCGUCGCCGCGGGCGCGGCCGCCGACGAGCCCGAGGGCGCUGGGGUCUUUUCUAGCGCGCCUUGCGCCGCCCCCCUGCAUCCUCGCCAGCUGCCUCUCUUGGCGUCCCUGUCUCGCGGCGGGCCGCCGCUGGGGCUCCCUGCUUGUCUGGCAGCUAGUGGCGCAGCGGGCCUCGCUUCGCAAAACGCCUCCGCGUCUCUUCGCAAUCCGCUCUCGAGCGAAAAUAUGCUCCUCUCUGCUUCGUGGGGAGUGAGUUUCCACCGGUCGACCACGCGCGCCUACGGAGCGGCAUCUGGCUCGCUUUUGGGCUCUGCAACGCCCGGGGCCGCCGGAGGGGCGAUCCCGCAGUCUUCGCCCCUCGUCCGGCGCGCCCGGCGUCUCUCAGAAGGCGAGGAGGGCGCAGGCAGCGACGCGUUGGGCCUCGGAAAGAAGCAGCUUUCAGCGGCUCCGGGCGCGCCCAGCUGUGGGGACGCGCGGAAAGAGCGAGACGCAGGAGGGGCUCCGUUGAGCAAGUUUUUCGAGGCAGAGGAGGGAGAAGAGGGCAAAGAUCCGAAAGACAGUGUUGGGAGAGACGAGAACGCGGAGGUGAAACGAAAGCCCGCAGGAAGUCGGUCUUCCGGGAAGGCCUGA